AUGUUGCCUGGAAAUUCGUUGAUUCCUAGUCAUCCUACGGUGUCAAUAACUGUGAACAUUCGGAGGGAGCUAUCCUCCUAUGUGCGUAGAGGAAAGAAUUUCUUAUCAUCAGCAGAUGAUGAGAGUUCGUUCCUUGGUUGGGAUAAGUUGCAAGAUAUUGCUUUAGGUAUAGCGAAAGGAAUUGAAUAUCUUCACCAAGGUUGUGAACAACAAAUCCUCCACUUUGACAUCAAACCCCAUAAUGUGUUGCUAGACCAUGAUUUCACUCCAAAAGUUUCCAAUUUUGGUUUAGCCAAGUUGUGUUCUAAGGAUCAAAGUGCGGUAUCCAUGACUACAGCGAGGGGAACCAUGGCCUACAUUGCACCAGAAGUCUUCUCUAGGAACUUCGGUAACGUGUCAUAUAAGGCAGAUGUAUAUAGUUUUGGAACAUUGCUUCUUGAAAUGGUUGGGGGCAGAAAGAAUUUUAAAGUCAUGGAAGACUCCACCAGCCAAGUCUACUUCCCAGAAUGGGUCUAUAACCUCUUAGAACAAGGGAACGACCUUCGCAUCCAUAUUGGGGACGAAGGAAAUGUUGAAAUUGCUAGGAAACUUGCAGUUGUGGGUCUAUGGUGCAUCCAAUGGCAUCCAAUAGACCGUCCUUCCAUGAAAACAGUUGUUUAA